CAACAUAGUAUCUUUCUAAUUUCUAUUUUACUCUGUAUAUUCAAUUGACAACAUGUCGAUAAGAAAUUCAUUUUUUGCUAGUGUUUUUCUAUUUGUUACAUUCAUAACAAACUCUAUAGCCCAGAGUACCUCUCAAUGUGUCCCUUCUUCCUGUGGCGAUAUUCGAGAUAUCAAAUUCCCCUUCCGAUUGAGGACUGAUCCUGGGCAUUGUGGUAAGCCCGGAUAUGAACUCGAUUGCCUGAACAAUCAAACCAUUUUCCUUUACGAAUCGCGAAAAUUCUACGUGCAAGAAAUUAACUACAGAAACUUCUCAAUAAGACUACUCGAUCCCAGCCUAGAAAAACAGAACGAUAAUUGCACUGUUUUUCCUGACCACAGGGCAAGUUAUGAUGCCAUGACUAGCCUUAUCUUCGGAUGGCUUCGUGUUGACAACGAUAUCAACUAUGUCAAUUGUCGUGGUCCAAUAAACUCGUCACGGUACAUUCCUACAAGUUUUUGUAGCACAAAUACAACCGCUACCAAUUCUAGUUUUAGCUAUCUUGUCAUAGGUGAAAUAUUGCAAGCUUCGGAUUUAGCAGGCGGUUGUAGAGUUGAAACUGUGGCAUGGUCUGCAGCUCCUGACAUUUCACCAAACAAGUCGUCUUCGUUAUCGAGCAUUCGUCAAGCUCUGGCUUAUGGCUUUGACCUUUCUUGGAGGCUUGAUUUCUUAUGUAGAGAGUGUGGGAAAGAUGAGGAUUGCAUUUUUGAAAACAAUAGCGAUGUACCAACUUGUAUUCAUUACUGCAAAGAGGACACUCCCGUUUCAGAACUUUCUUUCGGAUGCAAAAUCGAGUACUAUUCUGUUUUUGUAUUGGCCUAUGGCGCUAUAGGAAUAGGUGCACUUAUUGCGCUAAGAUAUCUUGUGGGGAUCCCAAUCUUGAUUGCAGUUGUGGUGUGGCAGUGCAAAAGACGGAAUUUGAACACAUCGAACGAUGAUGUUUUGGGGAAUAAAGCUUCUUCCAGUGAACAGAAUUGUUAGGAUUCUUGAUUUUAAGGAUCGAUCAUCAUAGUAUUUGUUUGUAUCCUGGUACAAUUCCAAGCAAUUGUAACAGAUGCUUUUGUAUAUUUGUUCAGAACUCUAGGACAAGGUCAAUCUAAUUACCGGUAGGAUUUUCUUUCCAGUUGUCAUGUAUAGUAUUUAUUCCAUUAUUGUCUAUUUGAUUCAUUGAUUGUAUAUGUUACUUUUCAAAACCUUUUGAUUCUUGAAAGUGAAUGAAUGGA